CCACCCUCAAAACUCAACCCCACCACCACCAUCUUCGGCAGCUCCAUCUCCCCUGUCCGAAUCACCCAGGCCCAUCUCGGCCUCCCUCGCGCGCGACCCCCAAGUCAGCUGACCCGAACCCAGACGCGACCCCAACUCAGCCCUCACCACCAUCGAACCACCCUUGCGCCACCUCUCCUCGCCUGUUCCCGCACCAAACCCAGACCAGACCAGACCAGGUUUCAACAUGAUGAAUUUUACAGCAUCAAUAUGUAAUAGACUGAAUCUAAAGCAAUUAGUUUCAAAUCCUCGUGUUUACAACAGCGCUACUGAUGUUUCUGGAGAAGGAUUGAGUUUGAUCUUCAGGCGCUGGGCUACUAAGAAAAGUGCAGGAUCAACUAAGAAUGGACGAGACUCACUACCCAAAAAUCUUGGAGUUAAGAAAUAUGGAGGAGAGAGGGUGAUACCUGGAAACAUAAUCGUUCGUCAGAGAGGUACCCGUUUUCAUCCUGGAAAUUAUGUGGGCAUAGGAAGAGAUCACACCCUUUUUGCUCUGAAAGAAGGUGUCGUAAAGUUUGAACGACACAAGCUGAGUGGUCGGAAGUGGGUGCAUGUCGAGCCAAAGGACGGGCAUGUGCUACACCCUGUCUAUGCAGACGGUGCAGCCCCGAAGCUCGAGGCUAUGGCUUAAAUUCUUGUUAGAGUUUAAUGGGACCUUUUUUUUCUUCCUUAAACUGUAAAAUUAAAGAUAGAAGUCAUAACCCUGUUGCUCUAAAAAAAAGUUUUUUCUUUUUUGCUAGUUCAACUCACUCGGAUUCGAGUUUCAUAACUACAAUCAAAUAAGUUUUUGCUGGGAGAGACCAGGACUGAUCUCUACUUGCCAUGAGGCUACGUCCAUUCUCUAUUUUUGCAUUGUCACUUCUGUAAGAGCUUUGUUUGUUUGAAAUGAGAACAAGAGAGAAAAAAGGUAUAUUUGUAGCUAAA